AUGUUUCCAAAGCUCACUGCACUUGGAUGUGGUGGAAGCAAAUGGCGUUCUGGCCUUUAUACAGCAUGUGAUCUUCCCCUACUCUCAGCUUCAGUCCCACAUGGAACGCCAUCUAUCAAGGUGCUUUUGAAAGAUGAGACCGAACCGACGAUGCCCAGUAGCUUUAAAGAUAUCGUGUCUGCGUACAAGGUAGAUCGUAUGACUCCUCAACUUUCUAAGAAGGUCGUUGAGGAGGGCCUGAUUAAACCUAUCGAGCCACUCCGUGUUCAAUUUGAAGCUGAUCUGGAAUGGCAGAUAAUUGCCCUAGAAGCAUAUACCGAUCUAGCCCAGGUGACAACAAAAGUCAUGUGA